AUGCUCAUGUUCUUGGCAACAGAGCAUGAUCGAAAGAUUCAUGUCAGUCGCGAAAAUAGGAUCGCACCCAGCCUCAGCAUAUUGGAGAGGCAGCAGGCGGAGCAACCUCAGAGCACAUAUAAUUCAAGCAUUCAUACAUCGGACUCAUCUGGCUCUGGAUCCCAGAUAGAAGCAUGUUUACGGCCCCACAAGAGCAGUCAGUUGCUUGGAGUUAGCACUCGGCAAAUGACAGCGAUGCCUACUAAGGACCUCUUCAGCUGUUGCUUCGAAUUUAGCCAGGGGAUCCAUAUCCGAAACCGUCGAGGUCAAAUCGGUGCUGUAGCCGACUAUAACUCCAUGAAGUCAAGUGGCUAUCGGCCCAAGCUCCUCAAACGCAGCUCCACGGCCUCUGACACCGAUUCGAUCCAAAAAUCUGCUCCGUUAGGCGAGAAGGGACCAAUGUGUAUAGAUAUGAGUCGGCUAUACUGA